GUUCAGCUGUCAACUCAGUAAAAUACGAUUUCCAAUAAAGAAGGAAUGGAAGCAAGUGCUUCUCAGAAUUCCACUUGUCCUUUACGAAAACUGCUCCUCCUUCCGCACUCUUCCCGACUAUGCUCAGACUGACUCAAACUUAAAUCAAUGCAGCGGGGACUGGGUGAACUAGGAAGCGACCGCACCGUCCAAGUGAUUCAGCGUCACAUGUGGAAGACUUGCUGUGUGUUUAUUUAAGAUAAACUCGAGAUUAGCCUAUUGUUUUGAGAGUACAGAUUUACCUGUCAUGGGCAAUAUUUAUUAAAGCAACAUUUGAUCAACGACAAUUUGAAGCUGUGAUACUCUUCAAAUGGUUCAGAACAGUAUGUUAAAGACCCCCUCAACUUCUCAAGAAAUCCACAUGGACACACUUGAAAACCCGAGUAUACAGUCUCGCGGAAAAGGAGCGCGGAGGAAAGGAGGCUUCAAAGGCUCCGAUGGCAGCACCUCGUCGGACACCACGUCAAACAGCUUCGUCCGGCAGGGUUCGGCGGACUCCUACACCAGCCGUCCAUCAGACUCGGAUGUUUCUCUGGAGGAAGACAAGGAAGCGGUUCGCAGAGAGGCAGAGAGGCAGGCCCAGGCACAGCUCCAGAAAGCCAAGACUAAACCGGUAGCGUUUGCUGUUCGCACAAAUGUCCACUACAGCGCCAACCAUGACGAUGACGUACCCGUGCCAGGCAUGGCUAUUUCUUUUGAAGCUAAAGACUUCCUUCACGUCAAGGAGAAGUUUAAUAAUGACUGGUGGAUAGGGCGGCUGGUGAAGGAAGGCUGCGAAAUCGGGUUCAUCCCCAGUCCCGUGAAGCUCGAGAACAGGCGGUUCCAUCAGGAGCAGCGAGCCAAACAGGGAAAGUUCCACUCCAGUAAAUCUGGAGCAAACUCCUCCACCAGUUUAGGUGACGUCGUUCCAAAUUCAAGGAAGUCAACCCCUCCUUCCUCUGCCAUUGACAUAGACGCCACUGGUUUAGACCCCGAAGAUAAUGAGCUUCCAGUCAACCACCGCUCCCCUAAAGCCAGCCCAAACACUGUCAUGUCUCCCCUAGCAAAAGAGAAACGAAUGCCCUUCUUUAAGAAGACGGAGCAUAUUCCUCCAUAUGAUGUUGUGCCUUCCAUGCGUCCUGUGGUUUUGGUGGGGCCCUCAUUGAAAGGGUAUGAGGUGACAGACAUGAUGCAGAAAGCACUCUUUGACUUCCUGAAACACAGAUUUGAAGGGAGGAUAUCCAUCACGCGGGUCACAGCCGACAUCUCGCUUGCCAAACGCUCAGUAUUGAACAACCCCAGUAAACACGCCAUAAUCGAGCGGUCCAACACACGCUCAAAUCUGGCCGAGGUCCAGAGUGAAAUUGAGCGGAUAUUCGAGCUGGCACGGACCCUGCAGCUGGUGGUGCUGGACGCCGACACCAUCAACCAUCCGUCGCAGCUGGGGAAGACCUCCUUGGCCCCCAUCAUCGUCUACGUCAAGAUUUCAUCUCCCAAGGUCUUGCAGAGGUUGAUAAAGUCGAGAGGGAAGUCCCAGGCCAAGCACUUAAAUGUCCAGAUGGUCGCAGCUGACAAACUGGCGCAGUGCCCUCCCGAGAUGUUUGACAUCAUCCUGGAUGAGAACCAGCUGGAGGAUGCGUGCGAGCACAUGGCCGACUACCUAGAAGCCUACUGGAAGUCCACCCACCCGCCCAGCUGCAACCCCCCCAACCCCCUGCUGGCCAAACUGGCCACGGCAGCGCUGCCCUCCAGCCCCGUGCCCAUCUCCAACCUGCAGGGUGAGCAGAAAGUCGAGAAGACAGUGGGGGAGCGGAAGGGCUCUCGAGAGGAACAUCAGCACCACCAUCAUCAUCAUCAUCAUCAUCAGCACCAAGAGCAGCGGGAUCAGGAGGGGGGUCAGGAGGGGGACAGGGACAGGGAGGGGGAGGGGGAUGGGGAGGGGGAGGAGGAGAAGCCCCUCCGGACUGAGUCCAAGAGACACCAGCACACCCACCACCGCUCCUCCUCCAGCCGGACUGACCACCACAACCACCACCACCACCACAGCAGCAAGCCGGGCAAGGCGCUGUCCCGGCAGGAGACACUAAACUCAGAGACCCUGGAGAGCAGAGACUCGGCCUACAUCGAGCCCCACGAGGACCUGCCGGAGCAGGACGAGCGGGGGGGCGAGACGGCGGCGGUGGCGGCGGCGGCCAUGGGGGCGGGGCGGCAGCGUCACGAGGAGGCCCCGCCCCCACACCCGCACCGGGAGCACAACCACCACCACCACCACCACCAUCACCGCGCCGACGAGUCGCAGGGGGGCCAGCGCUCCAAGGAGCGCGAGCAGGACCACAACGAGCGCAACCGGCAGCGCGGUCACCACCACCACCGGCCCUCCCGGGACCAUCACCACCACCACUACUACGACAGGGACAGGGACAGGGACAGGGACCGGGACCGGGAGAGGGACAGGGACGGGGAGGUGACCGCCAAAAAGAGGGGGGAUGCGGGCGAGUGGAACAGGGAUGCCUACAUUCACCAAUGAUGGGUCAACACACACACACACACAUUUAUACACACAAUACACAGGCACACACUCUUUCACACACACACAUUCACACACACACACACACACACCUUCACACACAAUACACAGGCACACACUCUCACACACAAAUGCACAUGCACACACAAACACAUACACACACACACACACACAUACACACACACACACACACCUCUGCUCUGCCAUAAUGCUGCUCUGCUCCGUGACUUAGCCUGGUCCUACACCCCUGGAGAACCCUGGGAACAGUCACCUGGUUACAUUUUCGAGGAACAGCUGUUGCUGCCCCGGCAACGUCGUUGUUUUUAGAGGACACAAACAUACGUGCUGCAUUCAUACAUGUUGUUACCAUGUAUGUUUGUGUGCACACAAGAACUUCCACAACUAUAUACAUAUUUUAAAUCUGUGUUUAACAAGCAUGGCACAACGACAGGAACCUCUGCUGUACCGGGCUGUGCUUUCUGUGAUAGUUUCUUUUUUCAUUGGCUUGAAGAACUUGUUGCAAUCAGACUACUGUUUUAAAGAUGAACCUGGAUGGUGGAGAACUGACACCAUGCAUUUGGAGUCAGCUAAUGUUAAAGCUAUAUUUCAGUAAUUUAUGUUGUAUUUUAUCAGGUUUCUUGCUUGCUGACUUUUAAAAAUAUAAUUUUUUUGGCCCUUUGAUACCCGUGCCUCCACAGGGACAAGCUUUGGUCUUGCCUUACAAGACAAGAGACGGAAGAAAAGAUUUACUUUUACAUUGCAGUGCAGUUCCAUUUGUAGGCUUCAGAGACAUUUUAUAAGAGUAAUACUUUUAAUUCAACAUUUUUACGAGCCAUUAUUGAUUUUUAAAUGUGUCAAAUAAGCAAGGUUUAUCACAAUCUUGUCUGAUUGCACCAGCCUUUGUUAAGCAAGGAAUGCAUUCAGUAAGAUGAGAUUAUGCAGGACUGAACUGAAUGCGUUUGAGGCAUCUGCUGAGAUUUCCCCCCAUUUUCUGUAAUGAGAUCUUGCGCUGUUUCACCUUGAAGUGUGUGCUCUAAACAGGAAUGAAUCAGUAUGAUAUGCAUAACGCAGUUCCUCCUAAAAAUUUAAUGUGUGGUCGUUAAGCGGUUUUAAAAUGGCCAGUGGUCAGAGCAGCCAGCAGGAUUGGUUUGGUGAAUAUUUUCUCCAACCUUGAAUUGUCCUCAUUUUUUUAUUACAACGAUCUCCCGCAUCUGUCCUAAAUUAACUGGAUGAAAAGCUGAACUAUUUUUAUAUAUACAGCAGGCGGAAGGAGGAAAUGUCACAUAAUUCGCUCCUCUUCCUCUCUUUUACAUUGAGAAUCCCAGUACCACAUAUCAGCUUUCAAUUGUAACUUGUGUGAAGGCGUGUCUCUUAAUUUACUUAGGAGGGAAAUUGUCAUUUGUGCUGGGUGCUGUAUGCAUCCAUAUGUGAAGAAAUGCGUUGAUUUCUUUUUUUUUUUUUUUGUCUAGACCAUUUCUAAGCAUUUGUAUAUACUUCAUGAUUGCCUUGGUAGAGGAUCAGUAGGAACUGUUGCACUGUAAAAUGGAUUUUAUUUAUUUAUUUAACUGUCCAAUUAGUGGCUGUGACAUACAGGUUUAUUUUAAACAUGCGGGCCUCAGACUGGUUCAACAGGAGCCAAGUUCCAACCCUUUAUUUUUAUUUAAUUUAUUUUUUUGCCUGCAGCACAGUGUUUGAUUUUUUAUUUUUAUUUUGGUGAAGAAGAGUUUCACUUCCUGGCUUCACCUUUAAGAGCACAGCAUUGGUAAUUCUGUUGACAGAACUUCCUUAGUUCCCACCUUGUCUCCUCGUUAAGGGGAGGGUCAUUCAUAUACCCUCGUUUGGUGUGACUUGCUAUCCCAAAAUCUCUGCCCCUCCUCGAAUCUCUUUGUUUUUUAGUUUCUUCAAUUUUUAAGUUCAAUGUCAAAUUCAUAAAUUUGCUACACUGGUAGCACAUGGCAUUUGUAAUAAUGUACAUUUGAAUGUACAUAAAUGUAUGAAAAAAAAGGAAAAUCAGAAAAUAAAUUUGGCAGCACAGGUUAAUCUAGA